CGGGGACCCUUUAUAAGAUACAGGGAAAAAUAAAAGUCAAAACAAACUUCUUCAGGACGAACCAACAAGUUUUCGACUCACUAACGGUUCUCAACAUGCCGACCAACGCUGCCUCGGGCUCAUGGUGCACCAUCAGUGCCAUCACACCAAGUACUACAACAGGCACAUCAGGAACAGCCAAUCAGACGGACGCGACGAAAACGGCCUGUCAAGAAUACAAGCAUGAAACGAGCACAGACCCGACGACGGGGGCGAUCCAAGAAAUAGUGACGAUCGAAUCGCAAAAUGCAUGUCCAUUUGAGAUCUCGUUGAACGUCAAACCGACGACAUGCUCAUCCAUCCAUUCGGAUAGACUGAUAGCAGAGGACUAUGUUUUCGACUUCUACUUAGAUGGGGUCAGCAUCGCUAGCGGUCAACAACCCAAAUCCCAGCCGUAUCUUCCCUGGAACAUCUCAUACAUAAACCAAUCGGAUUACUCGACCAUCCGGACCCUCCAAUUCGCCAAAGUCAAUCUCGUCGAUCCAGAUGAAGAUGGCGACCAGAUCUGCAACGAUGAAAAGGUCAUCAAGUCGCUCGGCACCAUUCAGAUUAACGUCACCAAAGCUCAGCUGGUCUGCCUUCCCAGGAAACCUGUAGCGCCUAUCAAUCAGGCUGAUCUUGCUCAGACCUCUAAUCAGAUGAAGUUUUCCGAACGUUCUAAGAAAGCUUGUUUGGCCACCACUGCUGGAUUAGCUCAGCCAACUGCCAAUCUUCAACCUCCCCCUACGAUGAAGUGGUAUGUCCAAACGAAAGACCCGCAACCAUUCCUACAAUUUAUCUUCAAAUAUAAACCAAGAGCAAUCUUAGAAUCUGAAGGAACGAUCGAACCGACGAUAGUCCAUGAAGAGGUUGAAUCAUCAGAUCAUGUAUCGGACAAAGAAAAUCAACCCAAGAGGGAAAAAACGAAGAAUGAGAAUAACAAGCGAAUCAAGAUUGAGGAUGAUGAUGAGCCGACGAAGAAGAAUGGUCAAAAGAAGGACAAGAAGCCGAAGAUAGUUGAUUUGACGUUGUCUGACGAUGAUGAUUGAUGACCUCCCUGCUUCUCUGAUUGUGCCCUCGCCAAUGAUGUUUUCAUUUCACGUCUCGUGACAAUAUACAUUGAGUUUACCUCCCCUACGCGCGCUUCUUUCAAUAUGACCAUCUAGACAUAAAUAUCAUUACCAAAAAAAAAAACUCAACAGAUUCCAAUUUUUUGUUUAAUUGCAUUAGCUAUACCCAUUUGAGUUCCUCAACUUGCACCCUUCCAUCCAUGAUCCACUCUUCUUUCGAUUGCUCCGGACUCAUCUAUCACCAUUUCUUUCUUCCUUCCUCGCCUCGUUAUGUAUAAUCAUUUUCAAUCCCUCUCUCUUUGAACUGCGAAAAUAAUGAAUGAUCUCGUGACUCCAUGAAUCAUCAUGAAUCUAAUCAAAUGAUCUACGCUCCUCAACUCACUCUCUCCGUCUUGUUUGGAGAAGAACGUUGUUAGUAAUUAGUUUUAGUAUGGUUGAUCAAAGGAUUACUUUCACCAAUGGCUUUCGCUUCGA